AUGCCAUCAACGCCGUCGGCGACAUCUUCAACACCUGUUAAAAGUCUAACGUCGGGAGAAGACUUUUCCGACGACAUAUCGACAUCUUUAGCGCCUACUACGGAAGAUAAUUAUACUGAAGAAACAUCGCUGUAUGUAACAUCUACCAUGGAAAAUAGCUUUUCUGAAGUAACAAUGCCAUCAACGCCGUCGGCGACAACUUUAACACCUGUUAAAAGUCUAACGUCGGGGGAAGACUUUUCCGACGACAUAUCGACAUCUUUAGCGCCUACUACGGAAGAUAAUUACACUGAAGAAACAUCGCUGUAUGUAACAUCUACCAUGGAAAAUAGCUUUUCUGAAGUAACAAUGCCAUCAACGCCGUCGGCGACAACUUCAACACCUGUUAAAAGUCUAACGUCGGGGGAAGACUUUUCCGACGACAUAUCGACAUCUUUAGCUCCUACUACGGAAGAUAAUACACUGAAGAAACAUCGCUGUAUGUAA